GAGUCCCCCACAACCACUCUUAUGUCCUCAGUAGCUGCACUUAGAACAACAACUGCUGCUCCAACAGCAUCCCCAACCACUGAAGGUUAUACAACCACAGCUGUGACCUCCACAACCACAGAAAAUGCUGCUCCAACAACGACACCAUCUUCAGCAAUAACAACUGAAGCUUAUACUACCACAACUGAGAACCCCACAACCAUGCCUGUAUUCUCUGCAACUCCAGCAACAGAAAAUGCUGCUCCAACAACUCCAUUUUCUCUGACAACUAAAGCUUCUGCUACCCAAGCUGUGAAUCCCACAACCACUCAGAUAUCAUCAGAAACAUUGUCAACAACCAAUAAAACUUUAACAACCGAAACAAUAAACCCUACAACCAUGCCUGUGUUCCCAGCACCUACAACUGCACCUCCAGCAACAGAAAAUGUAGCUCUAGCAACAACAGCACAGUUUUCAACAAAUGACGUUUCUACAGCCACAGCUGUGAAUCUUACAACCAUGCCUGUAUUUCCAGAACCUCCAACAAAUACUGCACCACCAAAAACAGCAGUAACUUCAACAACUGACGCUUCUACAAUAACAGAUGUGAACCCCACAUCCACACCUUUCUCCUCAGCAAAUACAAGUUCACCUAUAACAACAAUAAGUGCUGCUCCUACACCAUCUUCAGUCACUAAAGACGAUACAACAACAACUGUGACACCCACACCCUUGCUUGUUUUCUCAGGACCUACAAUUGCCCCUCCAGCAACAGAAAAUGCUGUUCUUACCUCAACACUUCCUUCAGUAUCUUCAACUUCUCGUGUAUCACCAAGCACAACAACCAUAUCUCCAACUACAAUACCACUUUUCACAAAAACCAGAACUGUUGCAGCAACAACAUUUGUCACACCCACAACCAUGCCAAUGUUAUCAGAAUUUACAAAAUCAUUUGUAAACACAACCUCAUCUUUGCUAAAUGCAACAACAAAUGCAGUGACUCUGACUAGUCUUUCAGAAACAGAAAGUCCAGCUCCAACUGCAGUUGUAUCUCAAAGCACAAAAAUGGUGUCUUUAGCAACCACUGAAACCACUGCACCAAUCAUAAUGACUGCAACUCAAGAAACUACUAUGUCAUUGUCAAUGUCAGCAACUGCUGCUACAGUUGCAUCAACUCAAACAACAGCAGUGGUGGCAAGCAAGCUGCUAUUUAACUCCUCAUUUCCAGUCUUCAGUGAAUCUCAGGUCCUCAGUGCUAUCAAUACUCUCCUGAAAUCCAGACAGUCACAGCUCAGUGAAUCAGUGAAGGUUGUGAAUUUUACCUAUGAGAAAAUCUCUGAAACUUCAUAUGCUGUAUUCUUCACAAUUUACGUGGUUAACAUCAGUAUGCCAGAAGACCCUGAUUUCAGAGGCAACACCUACCAGCAAGUGAAGGAUAUCAUCAAUAAUGUGCUGAACACUCUUCUGAAUGAACCUGGCAAGACAUUUUUUGAACCCAAGUCUUCCAAUUUUACGAGCUCUUCAAACCAGAUUGAUGGCAGCAUGGACUACAGCUUCCAGGAUGGAGAUACCAUACAACCAGUCAGCUUCCUAAAUGAACUACGUCUGCAAACUACGACAACAUUGCUUCCAGAAACAACAGCUGGAUUCUCUGUGACCCCAUCAAAUCUCAUAUCUGGUUCAGCAGUGGUCACAAGCAAGCUGGUGUUCAACUCCUCAUCUCCAGUCCCCAGUGAAGCUCUGGUCCUCAGCGCUAUCAACACUCUCCGUAAUACCAGAGAGUCACAGCUGAAUGAAUCAGUGAAGGUGGUGAAUGUCAGCUAUGAGAAAAUCUCAGAAACCUCCUAUGCUAUGGUCUUUACAUUUAAACUGGUUAACAUCAGCAUUACAGAGGACCCUGCUCUCAGAAACAAUACCUACCCGCAAGUGCAGGAUAUCAUCAAUAAAGCGCUGAACACUCUUCUGAAUGAACCUGGCAAGGAAGUUUUCAAACCAAACUCCUUCAACUUUACAAGCACUUCAAACCAGAUUGAGGGCAGGAUGGACUACAGCUUCCAGGAUGGAGAUACCAUACAACCAGUCAGCUUCCUAAAUGAGCUACGUCUGCCAACCACUACAACAGUGCUUCCACAAACAACUAACGGUUUCUCUGUGACCCCUCCAAAUCUAGUAUCUGGUUCAGCAGUGGUCACAAGCAAGCUGGUGUUCAACUCCUCAUCUCCAGUCCCCAGUGAAGCUCUGGUCCUCAGCGCUAUCAACACUCUCCGUAAUACCAGAGAGUCACAGCUGAGUGAAUCAGUGAAGGUGGUGAAUGUCAGCUAUGAGAAAAUCUCAGAAACCUCCUAUGCUGUGGUCUUUACAUUUCAACUGGUUAAUAUCAGCAUGCCAGAGGACCCUAAGUACAGAGGCAACACCAAACCGCAAGUGCAGGACAUUAUCAAUAACGCGCUGAACACUCUUCUGAAUGAACCUGGCAAGACAUUUUUUGUACCCAAGUCUUCCAAUUUUACGAGCUCUUCAAACCAGAUUGAGGGCAGCAUGGACUACAGCUUCCAGGAUGGAGAUACCAUACAACCAGUCAGCUUCCUAAAAGAGCUACUUCUGCCAACUACGACAACAUUGCUUCCAGAAACAACAGCUGGAUUCUCUGUGACCCCAUCAAAUCUCAUAUCUGGUUCAGCAGUGGUCACAAGCAAGCUGGUGUUCAACUCCUCAUCUCCAGUCCCCAGUGAAGCUCUGGUCCUCAGCGCUAUCAACACUCUCCGUAAUUCCAGAGAGUCACAGCUGAAUGAAUCAGUGAAGGUGGUGAAUGUCAGCUAUGAGAAAAUCUCAGAAACCUCCUAUGCUGUGGUCUUUACAUUUAAACUGGUUAAUAUCAGCAUGCCAGAGGACCCUAAGUACAGAGGCAACACCAAACCGCAAGUGCAGGACAUUAUCAAUAAUGCGCUGAACGCUCUUCUGAAUGAACCUGGCAAGACAUUUUUUGAACCCAAGUCUUCCAAUUUUACGAGCUCUUCAAACCAGAUUGAUGGCAACAUGGACUACAGCUUCCAGGAUGGAGAUACCAUACAACCAGUCAGCUUCCUAAAUGAACUACGUCUGCCAACUACGACAACAUUGCUUCCAGAAACAACAGCUGGAUUCUCUGUGACCCCAUCAAAUCUCAUAUCUGGUUCAGCAGUGGUCACAAGCAACAUGGUGUUCAACCCUUCAUCUCCAAUCCCCAGUGAAGCUCUGGUCCUCAGCGCUAUCAACACUCUCCGUAAUACCAGAGAGUCACAGCUGAAUGAAUCCGUGAAGGUGGUGAAUGUCAGCUAUGAGAAAAUCUCAGAAACCUCCUAUGCUAUGGUCUUUACAUUUAAACUGGUUAACAUCAGCAUUACAGAGGACCCUGCUCUCAGAAACAAUACCUACCCGCAAGUGCAGGAUAUCAUCAAUAAAGCGCUGAACACUCUUCUGAAUGAACCUGGCAAGGAAGUUUUCAAACCAAACUCCUUCAACUUUACAAGCACUUCAAACCAGAUUGAUGGCAGGAUGGACUACAGCUUCCAGGAUGGAGAUACCAUACAACCAGUCAGCUUCCUAAAUGAGCUACGUCUGCCAACCACUACAACAGUGCUUCCACAAACAACUAACGGUUUCUCUGUGACCCCAUCAAAUCUAGUAUCUGGUUCAGCAGUGGUCACAAGCAAGCUGGUGUUCAACUCCUCAUCUCCAGUCCCCAGUGAAGCUCUGGUCCUCAGCGCUAUCAACACUCUCCGUAAUUCCAGAGAGUCACAGCUGAAUGAAUCAGUGAAGGUGGUGAAUGUCAGCUAUGAGAAAAUCUCAGAAACCUCCUAUGCUGUGGUCUUUACAUUUAAACUGGUUAAUAUCAGCAUGCCAGAGGACCCUAAGUACAGAGGCAACACCAAACCGCAAGUGCAGGACAUUAUCAAUAAUGCGCUGAACGCUCUUCUGAAUGAACCUGGCAAGACAUUUUUUGAACCCAAGUCUUCCAAUUUUACGAGCUCUUCAAACCAGAUUGAUGGCAGCAUGGACUACAGCUUCCAGGAUGGAGAUACCAUACAACCAGUCAGCUUCCUAAAUGAACUACGUCUGCCAACUACGACAACAUUGCUUCCAGAAACAACAGCUGGAUUCUCUGUGACCCCAUCAAAUCUCAUAUCUGGUUCAGCAGUGGUCACAAGCAAGCUGGUGUUCAACUCCUCAUCUCCAGUCCCCAGUGAAGCUCUGGUCCUCAGCGCUAUCAACACUCUCCGUAAUACCAGAGAGUCACAGCUGAGUGAAUCAGUGAAGGUGGUGAAUGUCAGCUAUGAGAAAAUCUCAGAAACCUCCUAUGCUGUGGUCUUUACAUUUAAACUGGUUAACAUCAGCAUUACAGAGGACCCUGCUCUCAGAAACAAUACCUACCCGCAAGUGCAGGAUAUCAUCAAUAAAGCGCUGAACACUCUUCUGAAUGAACCUGGCAAGGAAGUUUUCAAACCAAACUCCUUCAACUUUACAAGCACUUCAAACCAGAUUGACGGCAGGAUGGACUACAGCUUCCAGGAUGGAGAUACCAUACAACCAGUCAGCUUCCUAAAUGAGUUACGUCUGCCAACUACGACAACAUUGCUUCCACAAACAACUACCGGUUUCUCUGUGACCUCUUCAAAUGUCAGAUCUGGUUCAGCAGUGGUCACAAGCAAGCUGGUGUUCAACUCCUCAUCUCCAGUCCCCAGUGAAGCUCUGGUCCUCAGCGCUAUCAACACUCUCCGUAAUUCCAGAGAGUCACAGCUGAAUGAAUCAGUGAAGCUGGUGAAUGUCAACUAUGAGAAAAUUUCGGAAUCUUCCUAUGCUGUGAUUUUUAAAUUUAAUAUUAGUGACAUCAGCAUGCCAAGGGACUCUGAAAUCAGAGACAACAUCUACCUGCAAGUACAGGAUACUAUCAAUAAAGCACUAAACACUCUUCUGAAUGAACCUAACAGUCCAGCUUUAAAACCCAUCUCAUCCAACUUUAGGAGUACAUUAAAUCAGAUUGAGGGCAGUAUGGAGCACAACUUCCAAAAUGCAGAUGUCAUAAAACCAGUCAGCUUCUUACAGACACUUAGUUCAUUGACAGUCUUAACAACAGCCAGUACUCUGACACCAAGCAUUCCUUCUCCACAAACCUUGUUGGGGAAGGCUUAUAUAAAAAUCCUAUUGGUGUUUCACACACUGGGCCCAGUACCUAGUAAGGAUUACAUUCUAACCGUGGCCAACUCUUUGCUCAACCCACGUUACAAAACUAAAGUAGACACAACUCCAACCCAGAGUACGAGCCUUGUGGAUAUCGGCUAUGAAAAAUUUAAUGAGACCUCCUAUGCUCUCACAUUUGAGUUUGAAAUCAGUAAUAUAUCCAUGUCUGAGAAAAGUGAACUAAGGAAUGAAACCUACACUUCAAUCAAAAAAACUAUGAAUACAUUGCUUGUCGACAUCUUAAAGGAUCCCUCAGCUCCUCAGUUUGAUCUGCAAAACAUUAAAUUUGAUGAUAACAGCACAGUGAUUCUGGCCAGUGUUCAGUAUGUUUUCUCACAAAGUGACUUGAACACAAACAGCACCUUUGUCAAGGAACUAUUCAAUGCUAAGGAAGUCUUAACAACAGCCAGUACUCUGACAACAAGCAUAACUUCUCCACCAACCUUGUUUGGGAAGGUGAUCAUAUAUAUCAGCCUUUUGUUUAAAACAAAGGGUACUAUCCCAAGUGAGGGUAAUGUUGUAAAUUUGGCUAACAGCCUGUUGACUGGAAUGAAACUGAGAAUUAAACGAUCCACCACAACAAAAGAUCUGACUGAGCUUGUGAACUUUGUGAAUGUCACCUAUACAAAAAUCAAUGAUAACUCCUUCUCUCUGAACUUUGGAUUUGAAAUCAGCAAUAUAUCCAUGUCUGAAAAACUUGAAUUCAGGAAUGAGACCUACACAGUGAUCCAGGACUAUAUAAAUAAAUUUGUGUCCACGAUCCUGAAUAGAACAACAACUUCUAACUUUAAUUUCAAUCAGAUCGUUUUCAAGGGUAACUCCACCGUGAUAGAGGCCAAUGUACAGUAUGUUUUCACAGACAGUGACAUCGGCACCUUCGGCUUGGUCAGUACUUUGCUCGGACCUACUGUAACAGCUGCUCCAACCACCUAUUACCCCACAGUCCUGACCACUGCAAUCUUAAACAACAGUACAAAUGCAGCAUGGAUUGUGGCUAUCAUUGUCCCCUGCGCUAUUGUCCUCGGCCUCAUACCUUGCUGGAUUCUUCUUUGCUGUUUGCUGUGUGGUUGUUGUGGAGCAAUCAGGAGACGUUGGCACAGAAGACGGUCGUACAAUGUACAGUACGCACCUCGAAACAGCAUUUUCUAGAGAUAUUCAAAAAAAUCCUUUGAUGCUUAAAAUAUGUAUUUUCCUGUAUUGCUGGGCAUACAGAACCUCUCUAAAUGUGAUACAACUGUGAUUUAAAACAACAACAACAGCAACUACUAUUUAAGGAAUGAUUUUAUUUAUUUAAAAAAAAACUGUUAUGUAAAGUAAUUAGAAUCUUGUUUUUUAAAUGAAAGAUUUAUUUGGUAGUAUGUAUUUCAUGUUAAGGGGAAGAAAAUCUAGAAUGUGUUGAUCACUUCUUUAUUCAAACAAUGUACUUUAUCUAAAAUAACAUACUGCAUCUUGAUGACAUAUUUAUGUACAAAAUCCACAAUUAAUGUUUUAAG